ACAGCCACCUUGAACACAACUUUCUCUAGCACAGCUCCUGCUCUACCGUCCAAUGGGUGUGAAUAAGCAGUCCAUCGGCAUCACCGCGACGGUCUCGACAUAGCUCGUAGACCUUUGUGCAACCGUUAGUGAACCCUCAGCAGCAGUUGGGCUAUCGCGUGCCUGACACCAUGAAGUCUAUUUCAGCAACAGCCCCUGGUCAAUCCAGGUGGCUGCACCUGGCCACUACUGGCUGUGUGGUGUUCCUCUUCCUCCUAGCCACAAUACGAACUUCCAUGGCCGUUCCUGCCACCCGCAUUGAAAGAGACAGGAUGAGUAAGGAGUUAAAGAUGAGGCUGAACAAGGCGACUAGGGUGGACCUCGAAGACAAGCACGAGGACAAGAAAGAAGACAAGAAGAAAGGAAAGUGCGAAGGCAAGGAGGAGGAUGAGAAAGAAGACAAAAAGGGAAAGUACAAAAUGAUGGAAUAUGACGAGAAAGAUAACAGGAAGCUAUACGAGAAGAAGGAGGACAGGAAGGAGGAAGACGAGAAGAGAGACGAGAAGAGAUACAAGAAGGGAGACGAGGACGGAGACGAGGAGGAAGAUGAGGAGGAAGAUGAGAAGGGAGACAAGAAGGGAUACAAGAAGGGAGACAAGAUGGGAGAUGAGGUGGGAGACGGGGAGGGCGACAAGAAGGGAGACAAGAAGGGAGGCAAGAAGGGAGGCAAGAAGGGAGACGAGAAGGAUGACAAGGGCGAAGACAACGAUAGAGACGAGAAGGGAGACAAGAAGGCAGACAAGAAGGGAGACAAGAAGGGAGACAAGAAGGGAGACAAGAAGGGAGACAAGAAGGGAGAUGUGGACAAAGACAAGAACUUGAAGGGAAACGAGAAGGGAGACAAGAAGGGAAACGUGGACAAAGACAAGACGGUAGACGAGAACAUCGAGAAGGAUGACAAGGGCGAAGACAACGACAGAGACGAGAACGGAGGCAAGAAGGGAGACUAGGGUAAAACUCAGAAUAGCUGAGGGCAUACUCACGCGAGGACCCUUUUUUUUUUUUUUAACCCGUGGUAUCCGAUAGGAGUGAUGAUAGGAGCAUACACGCGAG